AUGGUACUUGAAAAAAUGGUUGCUGAAAAGAAAAUUAUAGAAAAGAUAGAUGAAUGGACAAGAAUUCCUAGUUUCGAUAGUUAUAUGCUGAAUAUGAUGAAACUGGAAUACGUUGAUUUCGAUAGACAUAUUUUAAGAAUGUCAAUCAUAGUUCCGGAAAAGUUUUGUAAUCAAAUGUUAACUCUACAUGGUGGUAUUAUGACAACUUUAAUUGAUAUUGUUAGUACUAUUGUUGUUACUACAUAUGAUAUAGAUAAUUUAGUACCGGGAUGGAGCGUUGAUAUGUCAAUGAGUUUUUCUACACCAAUUCUUAAAGGUGAUAAGAUCUUGAUUGAAUCACAUCUCUAUAAGAUUGGAAAAAGUUUGGCAUUCACCGAAUCAACUAUUUAUGAUUCAAACAGUCAAGUCUGUUCAUUAGUUUUUUGUAAAGGUUUAGUUUUAGUUUAG